GCCGACGGUUCUUCGUUCAACUGCAUAUUCUGCGGUCAGCCACCAUGCGCCUCCAGGACCUCGACGGCCUCGGGCCCGUGCUCCCGCGCAUGGACGCCGCCCAUCUCGCCCGCGCGCAGAAGCUGCUCGACGUCGUCAUGGCGUCCGUCGCCCAGCAAGAACAUAUGCACCAGACGCAGCAAGCGCAGGACGACGACGACGCCAAGCCGCGAGCCGCCAACAACAUGUGGGUCAUGGCCUCGCUCUUCGCCAUCUUGAGUGGCAUCGAGCUCGAGCGCGAGCGUGACCGUGAGAACGGUGGCCCCGACCUCGCGCCCACACGCAUCACGCUGCGCGACCUCCUCAGCGCAUGCCACGUCGGCCUUAGCGCGUUCCUCUCGAGCUUUACGGGUCUCUUUAACAUGCUCAUCCUGGACCUGAGCCCGGAUCUGCUCACGCGCGCCAACGUGCUCAAGGAGCGACUGACGAUCGCGUCCAUCUUGUUUACAAAGUACGACCAGCUCUGGUCCACCUUUGUCUCGGCCGAGCCCAGCCCGCGCAAAGCGCACCUCUUCAAGGCCGGGUGGCUGCUCUUCCUCAUUGUUCGAUCCCGUUUGCAUAUGUCCAACGCAGGCCUCGGCGACCUCUACUAUCUGCUCCUCGCCGUCUUGCAGCUCGUCAUCUCCAAGGUCCACGUGCGCAGCGUCGAGGCCGAGAUCGCCGCCGCCUUGAGCUCGCUCGGCAGUCCGCACGGGCAGUCGCCACACAACAUCCUCGAAAAGCUCUGCGCCAAGCCGCACGUCAACCGCGUGGACGUCGAGCGCGCCAUGGCCAAGCUCGAGAAAGAGAUGCAGAGCCUCGAAGACGCCGGCGUCCUUGCGUCGGCGGCCACCGAAACGUAUGCGAUGGGCAGCUCCAUGUUUAGCGACGCGCUUCUUCCCGAGAACGUCGCCAAGCUCGACGCCCACUACCACACAACAUACGUUUUGCGCGUCUACGACCUCGACGAGGCGAUCUUUGUCGAUCCAGCGCUCAAGGCGUCGCUCAUCGGGCCGCCGCCGCCCCAAGUUGAGCCGACGCCCGCGCCCUUUGCGCCAUUGGGACAGAACUCGUCGUCGUUUGAGCAAGCGUGGCAGUGGCAAGGCCAAGUGCCACCGACCAAGGCGCCCGGGUCCGCGACCAAGUCGCCGAGCGUACUGCUCCCAAAGCGGUCGCCGAGCGUGCUCCAGACGCCCGUGACGGCCGCUGUCGAGACCAACAACUGGAUCCGCCACACGCUUGCGUCGCUGCCCGCGCAGCCGUCGGAGAAGCUGCUGGCGUACUUUGGCGGGUGCACGCAAGCGCCGACAGCCAAAGACUCAGUGCUCUCGCUCAUUGCCGACCUCUCAACCAAGGUCGGCACGCUGCACCGUCCGUCGACGCGGCUUCUGUUGCCGCUCGGCGCCAACCAGCCGCCGCCAUCCCAGGUCGAAGGCAGUCUCGGCAAGACCAAGACGAUGGGGGUCGGUCUCUACUACCGCGUGCUCGAGUCGCUUUUGGACGCCGAGGCCGAUCGGCUUCACACGACCGACUUUUCGUCGCUCCUCACCAACACAGCGUUUCACAAGGCGCUGUUUGCAUGCAGCAUGGAGGUCGUGCUCAAGGCGCACAGUCUGGUGACGCUGGCGUUUCCGCAUAUCCUCGCGACGUGCGACGUCUCGGCGUUUGACUUUGGCAAGAUCCUCGAGAGCUUUGUCAAGCGCGCGCCGUCGUUGCCCAGCGAGCUCAAGCGCCACAUGCGGGACCUCGAGCAAACGGUGCUGGACUCGCUCGUGUGGCAGAGCCAGUCGGGCUUGUACACGCUGCUGGCGACGGACGAGGCGACGCCGGCUCGGUUUUGCAUGCUGCAGUUGUUUUUUCGCAAAGUGCUCGCGCUCGCCGCCAACCGCAUCUACGCGCUCGGCCAGCACCUCAAGCUCGACGCAAUGUAUCUGAACCAGAUCUGGACAAGCGUCAAAGAGUGCAUCUCGAACCACGCCGAGCUUCUCCGCGAUCGCCAUUUGGACCAUGUGAUUUUAUGCAGCUUUUACGGCGUGUGCAAGGUCAACCACGUGGCGCCCGAGGUUACGUUCAAGCGCGUGCUCGACGCGUACAAGCGCACGUACCCGUCGUCGGCCAAGGCCUCGAUCGUCCGUGAGAUCCCGCUCGACAAGCCGGCGGUCAAAGGCGACGUGAUCAAGUUUUACAACCGGUGCUUCAUCCCAACGCUCAAGGCUUUUCUGCUGCAGUUUCAGCUGCACGACCGCCAAGAAGCCGCGGCCGACGCGGUCACACCGUUUGUUCAGCACCUCCCGAACGUUGGCGUCUCGGACAAUGAGGUGAUUGCCGAGGCGGCGACGACUGCCGUCGAGCGACUGCUGCACACGCACGGCAGCAAUGCGCCCGCUCCAAAAGUGGAGAUCCAGUCGCUCGCCGAGAUCCAGUCGCUGCCCCGGCCGUCGCAGCGGUCGUCGCCCAAGCGCGUGCUCAGCAGCAACGUGUACAUAUCGCCGUUGCGGCAGAUCCGCCAGCCGCGCACCGCGCUCACACCUCGGACACAUGCGCUCUAUGCGUUUGGCGAGAGCCCCGCGCGGGAUCUUGCGCUCAUCAAUCGCGCCGUCAACACCAACGGCGUACGGCUAUCGUUGCCGUCGCUGCAGGAUUCGAUUCCUGAAGACAAGUCGGUGGACGGGGAUGACGAGGACGAGGACGAGGAUGAGACGGAGAGCUGUGUCUCGACACCAAAGCGACGCCGGUACACUUAGUGUUGACCAAGUACACCCUAUCUAUACUCUUUCCCU